AUGAGGGAUCGGCCCGUCAUCAGCAUCGAAAAUUACACCAUAUACUGCGGCGAUGCUGAUGAGAACAAAGUAGGUGGCUGCGCGAUAGCUGUGAGGAACGAUUACAAGAACCUGGUGGAGGACUUGGCUCAAAGUCAUCUAGAUGCGCCUUUCUACGACUGCGGGAUCGCAGAGGACCAAGUGGUCAUUGUCGGAAUUGACGCAAAUGCGAAGAUGGGACUCGAACAGCAAUCCGAUGUGCUAGGAAAAUGGACAGCAGCGGACGCGCACGUCGGACAACGAGCUGUUUGGGACGUCGCGUUCGACUCUGACCACCGUCCAGUUCUUCUCAGCUUCAAGAUACGGUUCCACAAGAGAAACCGGGGAGUUCCUCUUCAACCGAAAAUCGACAUGGCAGGUCUGAAAGACGAUGAAUGCAGAAGAAAAUUCCGCCAACGUGUGUCUAUUCAUGUUGGAGUACGGACCAGGAAGAAGCUUAGCGAUGCGGAUUCCUUCACAAAGUGCAUCCAGGACGCUGCAAGGGAAACGCUCCCGGUUCUAUUGCCGCGGAAGAAGUUUGCCUUUGCAUCUGCGGAAACAAAAUCCAGAUACAAUUCUGUAUGUGUGUCGCGCAGCGCUGGUGACUUUAACCAGGAAAAGCGUCUUAGAAGGAAGCUGCGUCGUCAACUGCAACAAGACCGCGAUAACGAGUGGACGUCAAGAGCGAUGGAGUUUGAGAAGGCGUGGGAGGACAGGAACCCGCGGAAAGCCUAUGCUCUACUAAAACAGUAUCGCGUCAAAAUGAAAAGAUGUUACCCUGUUCUGAACACUGCCAAUGGGGUAGCUGUCGGUGAAGCAACCCUUCCAAUUUGGAAGGAACACUUGAAGACCUUGCUGAACCGGCGUGUUCGAGUUCAGGAGCUGACGGCUAGCACCGUCAACCCCUGA